GCAACUUUCUUGUAACAAACAUCAGCUGGAGACUCACGUGGGGGCGGCGGCGGCGGCGGCACCGGGAUCGGCGGCUCUUGCUCACCUUCAUUAGCCCCACCGGGACACGGCUGGCCUGACUGGCCUGAAGCUUACUCAGGGACUGUAUCCACCCUCAACCGUUCUGCUCAACGCCGAGGCUGGGAGAGUGGCCGACCGCUCCUGCUCAACGUCGGAGCCCAACGAGCCGCCGAUCGAUCGACCGACCGACCCUCCCUGCUCCACGUCGCGGUGUUCGGAGUAGGAGCCGACGCUGCAGCCGGCUGGACCGACUGACAGCGACUGUCACGGCUCUGGGCCUCUCACCUCGGGACUCGCUGCCCUGUCACUCUGGGGCUGGCUUCGCACAGCUGCGCCGCCGUCAUUUUGCAAACCCAGGAGGAAAAUGAGGCGGUGCGUUUGAAAAAGCAGCAAAGUUUAUUUUUCAUCCGUCUCAAAUGAACGUUUAUCAGUCAUCUAUCUCCUAACUUGGAUUUUGUUUUACUGCGUGGAAGUUUUGAUCUGAAAACGCAGGCGUGGAUUGGGGAGCGAUCGAUUUCACUGUCAGUGAACUCUAGGUAAUGACAACAAAUCAAAUCUGUCCCUGAAUUUGAAACGUCAGAGAGACGGAGAGUGAAAAAUGGGACGCAAGAAGAUUCAGAUCUCCCGGAUAGUUGACCAGAGGAAUCGACAGGUGACGUUCACCAAGCGUAAGUUUGGGCUGAUGAAGAAGGCGUACGAGUUGAGCGUGCUGUGUGACUGCGAGAUCGCCCUCAUCAUCUUCAACAGCACCAACCGGCUGUUCCAAUACGCCAGCACCGACAUGGACCGGGUGCUGCUCAAGUACACGGAGUACAGCGAGCCCCACGAGAGCCGCACCAACUCCGACAUCCUGGAGACACUAAGGAAGAAAGGUUUGAACGGCUGCGAGAGCCCAGACCCAGAAAUCGAGGACUCGAUGGAGCCGGGCUUGGACGUUAACGACAAAUAUAGGAAGUACGAAAUGGUGACUCAAAUGAACAACAGACAAAGGGUUUGUCCAGGUGCCCUGUUGAACCACGACAUGUCUCUUCUGUCGGCAGCACAGAACGCUACUGGCCUGUCCUACAGCAACCCCACCGGGUCCAUCCUAAACCGAGGACCAUUGCCGAUCGUAUCCCGAAACGCUCAUUCAUCAGGGCUAACGUCGCAAGUGUCCACAAUUUCCCAUUCAGGUGCUGGUUACCUGAAUGUCCACGUCUCGUCAGGGAUGAUGACCUCUCCCGGUGACCUCAGCAGAACCAUGACGACCAGGUCACCGACCCCCGUGAACCUUGGCCCUGAGAGUGGCAGAGGUGAACUCCACGCCACCUCCACCGGCGGCAGAAGCACCGCUACUUCACUGAGAACAAAUACAUCAGCUGUACAUCCCACCUCGCCGAUGGUUACCAUGGCAAACCCUGGUCUGACAAGCCAUGCACUGGGAGGUUACUCCCCCGGCGUUACAGGCUACUCGUUGACUGACAGCGCCUCGGUGUCGGCGUACAACCCGCCGGGUACAGUCCAUCAGGACCAAACAUCCAUCUGGCACCUGCGACAACACCCUCACCUGCACCCGGGCAACCUCCAGCACCAGCCGCACCAAUCACUGGGGGUGACCAGUUCCCACCUGACCCACCCGGGCUUUCAGAUGGUGAGUGUGAAGUCGGAGCGGGCCUCCCCCCACGCCGAUGGCGGCGGCGCCAUGUACCAGCACCACGAGGCGCGGCAGCCGCUCGGCCCCUCUGAUUUCACCAAGGGCUACCCCUGCCCCAUCGCUCUGAGCCGACCCCCGUCCGCGGAGGAGGAUGGGCUGGGCGCCAAGCGGCCGCGACCGGCCGACCGCUGGGCCAGAUGACCAGGGAGCGGAGCGGCGCCGCCCCGGGACUCGCCGUGUGAGCCGCGCCGCCGGCCCCUGGACCCCGGUACCGGCCGCCGGCUUUGAGCGGUGCAGAGAAUGGGGGAACAGGUUGCCUCGUCUGUCCCGACCCUCGCCAGAGCCUCAGCUGGCUGGAGGCCAAGUCCCAUCCCACCGCUCCCAUCCUCUCCGCACUCUUCCCUCCCACCCUACCCACUCCCUGCCUCCUCCCAGCCCCCCCCC